CUGUCUUCUAAAUCAAUGGAUCUCGUCGUAAUUUUAGGGUUCAUUUGCUUGAAGUAAUUUGGUAUAAUUAUAUAUGGGUAAUACUCAAGUAUAUGCUGCGUGUUGGUUGCAAAGUGCAUUUUGUUCUCGUGAUUGAUUUUACUAUGAUAGCAACUAGUGGCGGACCCAGGAUUGUCGGAGAGGUGUGUCGCUGAUAAAAUAAAAUAAUAAUUAAAUUAAAUUAAAAAUUAAGUUAAAAUUAAAAGAAAUUAAUUCAUAAAGUUCACAAUGUCAUGUUUACAACGAACUGCGACGACUUUUCAUCUGCUGAAAUGUCUCUAAAAUACAUUCAUCACUUAUGCUGCAAAGCAAAUCUUUUUCAAUAUACACAACUAAACAAUCAUUCAUAAAUUGGUCACUCAACCGAUUUCGAAGAUCGUUCUUGAUUAUCUUCAUAGCUGAAAAUGCUCAUCAACAUCAUCAUUCUCAUGUUCUUCAGGAAAUGAAGAAAACUUACUUGAGAUGCCACUUGUUUGAUUAAUCGAUGGCGAGGAAGAUUGAGAAUCAUCAUGAUUCAUUUUACUUGAUUCACCUCCUAAAUUGUUAAUAUGUAGAGUAGUUUUUGCUUUCUUUGGGACCUUUGGGUAAAAUCUCUCCAUGUCUGGAUACAGAGUACAACAUAAAUUAGCUUAUAAACAAAUCUAUUCAAUUCAUCCAUGAAUUACAAAUUGACAAAUAAAAUUUGGGUUAAAUGGGAAAACAAGAAAAACCCCUAAACUUUGCAAUUUAGGGUUCAUAACAGUAAAAUUACUUACAUUUGGCCAGCUACAAGAAGUGCCCACUUGACCGGCUACGAGGAGUUGCCGCCACCCCGCUGCCCGCCGGUGAAGGGUGUCCGCCGAGGCCGAGAUGGGUUGCCGUGCCGACUUGCCCGUUCUGCCUUUGUCUGGGUUUUUUGUUCGUCUGGGGUUCUGGGGUUUUUUGCGAGCGAGAGAAGAGGGAACCAGGGGGAAUAAUGAGGAUGGGUUGCUGGGAAUUGAGAUAUGGACAAGGAAUAUGGCAUUGGGCCAUUAAUCGGGGAGAUUGGGCCAUUAAUUGGGGAUGGGGAGGGAAGGAAUAAUAAUGGGGAGGUAGUGGGCUAGUGGCCGACUGGGCUUUUGGCCUGUGGGUUCUUUUCUCAUUUAAUUAAAGGCUCAGACCCAACACUCAUCACACGUGUAUAUUGUAUGGGCUAAGAGUGUUUUUUUUAAUAGGAAGGAUAGGAUUAUGCUUUAUGAGUUAUUUUAAACAAAAUUAAAAAGGAUUAUGAUUAAGAUUGAUUCAUUUGGAUAAUAAUUUAUUUGAGUAUAAUGAAGGUGUGUCGGCUAUAAUUAUUGAGGGUGUGUCGGCUAUAAUUAGGUCCGCCACAACACAACCAAUACAAUAAAACAUAUUACAAGUAAGGAUAAGAUGGUUUAGCAAAGAACAUGUCUAGAAAUGUCUACAUUGCUCAGAUGUUUAUUAUGUUUGGCCAAAUAACUUGUUUUGUAAAUAUAUCAAGCCAACGAGGCAAUGACUCUACGAGCAAUAACAUGACAAUAAAAUUCAAACAGUAAUAAUGUAGCAAACAUAUUCAAUUGUUUCUCUCUAAAUCAUUUUACUUCUGUCAAGAACCAGUUGGUCCCAAUAACUCGAGUUGUUGGGAGAGGUUCAAUCGUGGAUCAUAUACCACAACACUAACACGCCCCCUCAAACGAAAGCCACUCACAAGGGCUUGAAGUUUGCACAGGUCUGAAGACAAGAAUAUCAUGUGCUUAACAAAUGGGGGUCACCGGGAAUCGAACACAAGACCUCUCUGUCACAGAAGGCUCUGAUACCAUGUCAAGAACUAAUUGGUCCCAAUCAUAGUUAGUAAAUACUCCGUUUAAUACACGUAUAUGUACUAGGGGUGGCUAUACGGUCCGGUCCGGUUAAAUUGGCCCAAAUUGAUCCGGUCCAGUCCGGUCUUUUUGAAAAUAUAAGGACCGAAGAUUGGAUUGGAUACAGUCCGGUCUUGAUCCGGUCCGGUUUUGAUCCGGUCCGGUCCCAAUUCGGUCUUGAUUUUACAUUGAGAUUGUGGGAUUUGAGUGGCCUAAGGCCUUAAAGGGUGAGGAGUUGGUUAAGUUUUGUACUAAGUGCAAAGGUUUGUGACCGUUUAUGCAAAUUACCCUUAAGUUUUGGGUGUUGAGCUCUCUUAUCCGGUCUUUAUCCGGUUUUUUACCUCAAAUCUAAGCCCAAAGAUUGGAUUGGAUUGUUUACUAUCUGGUCCCGGUCCGGUCUCGGUCCGGGUUAUAUGGUCCGGUUUUCGGUUUUUAAUCCGGUCCCGGUCCAAAUAGCCACCCCUAAUAUGUACCCGUACGUACUUUAUCCGUUUAAAACUUCCGUAUCCGUAUUAUUGUCAAGCCGUUUCUUUUUUGACCGUUCAUUUGAUGGCUCCCGUAUUAAACACGUUUAAAACCCGUAUAACACGUUUAAUAUCCGUAUUUAAUGAAUCAAAUUACGAACUUUACCAUUAUUUAUAUAUUUAUUUUUAAAAUAAUAAAUUUUAUAUAUUUAUGACAAUUAACGUAAUAUUAAACGUAACAUUAGCAUAGAAACGAAGUAAAAUACCCGUACGUAUUUUAUACGUAACUUUCCCGUACCGUAUUUUACUAACUAUGGUCCCAAUAACUCGAGUUGUUGGGAGAGGUUCAAUCGUGGAUCAUAUACCACAACACUAACAACUUCUCCCCCUUACGUGAAGAUUUAGGUCAUUUCUGUUCAGUAACAUACCUUAAGGAGCGUGGGCUCCUAAGGUUCUACAUCCUUGGCAAGGUAAUAUUCAUUUUACUUAGAGGUGACAAUUUAUAAUCAAAUUCGUGAAUCUACUAAUUCAUUUAAUCCAAAGAUCUACUAAUUCAUGGAUCCAAUACAUUUGUCACGUCUAAUUUCACCCUAAUAUGUCAACAUAUUUAAGAAUAUCAUCCAUAUAUGUCGUGAAUCACUAUAGUGAGAUAUGUAUCCGUUCUUAUGACAACUGUUAGGCCGUCUACAAUAUUGGGUUUUUUAGAGCUUUGAUACGUAGGGUUCACCUAAAAGAGGUAUGUCAUGUUAUGUCAUGUUAGAUCUUUUAGAAAGUGGUGAGUUUCGUCCCACAUUUUAUUUUCAAGAAAAUUGAGACAUAACAAUCUAUUUAGGUUCCUCAUUUAUUAACCUCGUUAAAAUACUUGAUGAGAUGACAAUCCGUUAUUUUAAAAUCACACGAUUAUGUUUUUUUUUAAUUAUGAAAUCUCUCAUCUUCCUAAACAAAUAAUUGGAUGAAAAUUCGAUGAAAAAUCCUUCGUCAAAAUUCCCACAUAAACAACCCUAGCCAUUUUUUAGCAAAUAAAACUAGAAAAACUUUAAAAAUAACAUAACGAUAAAGUGACUAAGCGGUCACCUAGCUCACUCCACAGUACUCAAUUCUAGGUAACGUGCUCGUUUCUCAUUCGUUGCAAGCUCCUUCGCCCACGCAGUCACCACAGCUCCAAUCCCCCAGGGUCCCCAACCCCACGAUUUCUCAAUUCUCAUUUCCUCUCAGUUCCCGUCGAUCCUCUCCAUUCUACAGUCUCUUCGGUCCGCACCGCACCUGAAAAGCGCAAAGAUUCCGGUGGCGCUUGACCUGAAUCGACGAUGACGGAGGCCUUCAUCAGGAAGAAGCCCGGCAUGGCCAGCGUGAAGGACAUGCCGCUGCUUCAGGACGGUCCUCCUCCCGGCGGAUUUGCCCCCGUGAGGUAUACUCGGAGGAUCCCCACCAAAGGCCCUAGCGCCGUGGCUAUCUUCCUCACUGCUCUGGGCGCUUUCUCCUACGGCCUCUACGAGGUUGGAAAGGGUAACAAGAUCCGCAGAGCACUCAAAGACGAGAAGUACACUGCUCGGAUGGCCAUUCUACCUCUCCUGCAAGCAGAAGAAGAUGAAAGAUUUUCCAAGGAGUGGAGGAAGUAUCUUGAAUACGAGUCAGAGGUGAUGAAGGAUGUGCCUGGUUGGAAAGUUGGUGAAAGUGUCUACAACUCUGGAAGAUGGAUGCCGCCUGCAAGUGGUGAACUCCGCCCUGAUGUUUGGUGAUUACUUCCGCUUAAAUUCUCUCUGGUUCGUCCCGAGGAAUUGAGUCUCUAAUGAUGCAAGUUGCUAUUGUCACUUGAUCUUUGUUCCUUUCUUGUGAAAUAAAGAUUCUAGGCAGAGAGAGCUUUCGAUGAUGAAAAAUACUGUCAAUGUGAUAGUUGUUUUGCCCAUCUUAUUUCUCAUCAUUCCCUCCUAAACGUUCACAUUGGAUCUUCAUGUUAAAACGAUUUGCUUUUCACUGAUAUUUUGCUCGCUUUGAGUUGAGCCGGUGCCGAGGUUCAAUAUGAGGGGCAGCACAUCCAAUUCCACAUUGCUGUUAUUACUUCAUAUGAACCUUAUUGCGACAUCUAAAAGUUGGCUGGUUCAUGUGAGGUUUUGCUCCUCGAGUAUUCAACUUAUGUGUUAGCAAAUGAAUUUGAUUUAUGUAUUUAGAGGUAGCAAAUGAAUUUGAUUCGUGAAUUUGUGGAUUCGAGAUUAAGUGGAUUGGCGGAUUUAUGGAUUUGAUGAAAUGAAUUGGAUUCUUAGAUCUAAGUGACAUCCAAACAUUAGAUCAUUUUAAUGAUAUUUUUCUCGAAAAAUAAAAUGUAGGUAUCAAAAUGGGAAAUGUAUAGAUACUAAAAUGUAAUUCUUCAAAUAUUAAUGAAUUGACCAAUUGAAUUAGAUUUGGACAAAAUUGAUUGAUUUACAUGAAUUGAACUAGCUUUGGCCCUGCCCUUUGGGCAGGUAAUCCAUAUUUUAUAUUUUCCUAAUUUGAUGAUAGUAUCAUAUAAUUUUUUUUUGUUAUAACCAAUGAUUGUAAUAUUGUGUCAGAGGUUGUAUUAAAAAAGUCAGCAGCAUGGUAUUUAUAUUGAAAUUGGGGUUUAACAAUGACAAUCAUUUCAUACUGUCAAAUACCGCUUAUCGUCAUCGGUCUAAAAUUUGAUAAGAAGUUUUUCAGAUUGAACCAUCGGUACGGUAUGGUUUUUCAAUCUUUGAUUAUAACAAUAUUUUUCUGUAGUUUAUUGUAAAGAAGAUCCAAUAAUUCGUUCAUCAGAUGAAUUUAGGGAUGAAAGAAUCACCUCGUCCUAAUCUAUGAACAUAAUUUAAUGUGCUUUUAUAAUAACGUUUUUGUUACGAAAAUUCAAGUGGUUCAUGCUUUUACAACAUUGUACUACAAAACUGGUACAAACAAUGAUCAAAAAUUUUAGGUUAAAUGCACUUGUAUAUCCAAAACUUUCACGAUUGUGCCAACAAUAUCCAAAUUUCCCGAAAUACCACUUAUAUCCAAUUCCUUCACAUCCUUUAAUGGUGUUUUUGGAUAUACAAGUGUAUUUAACAAAAAAUAUAUUGGAAAAUGGAUAGAUUUGGCAAAGAACAACUGUAAAAUAUGGAUAUAAGUGGUAUUCCGGGAAAUUUGGAUAUUAUUGGCACAACCGUGAAAGUUUUGGAUAUACAAGUGUAUUAAACCAAAAUUUUAAUUUGUUUCUAAUCGGUUAAAAAGGAACAGGAUGGGCUUUAAAGAAUGUGGGGAUUCAACUUUUGAGAGUAAGAAAUUAAACUUUUGAAUACAAAAAGCAAUAAAAAAAAGAUAACCAUCGUGCAUAAGAAUAAUAGAUAACCACCGUUCAUUAAGUGGGAAAAAAAAGAUAACCACCACAUCUGAUGUGGAUCAAGCAAAAUGCAGGAGAGCUUACGUGGCCAAUGCCAUUUUCUCAAAAUGUUUUAGGACUUUGCUACGGUGACAUGCAUGUCAUGGUGACAUGUACUUUUCGGUCGACCUCAUAUAGGAUUAGGUCGACCUAAUCUGUUGUUUCAGUGUAAAAACAGUUUUAUGGUGCCUACUUUGGAGAUUCAUAUCUUACAAUUGGCUAGAUGGAAAUUGGAGAUCAAUGGCUUGUUUUGAAGCUGAAGUGUCCCUCUACACAUUAAAGUACUUGAGAGCUCAAUAAGAAGUUCAGAAAACC